AUGGUCGCAACAGCAGACAACUCCGGCUCCUACGAAGCCCUCCCCAAGAACGCCCCUCAGAAGCCAUCAACAUGUAGGAUGCUUCAUACCGAGGGCAGUCGCAUCGUCGACCCCUCUGGCAACACCGUCAUCCUCAAAGGCGCUGCUAUCGGCGGCAUGCUCAACAUGGAGAACUUCAUCACCGGCUAUGCAGGCCACGAACAUCAGCACAGACAACAAAUGGCCGAAGUCAUGGGCGAAGAAAAAGCCAACUUCUUCUUUGACAGACUUCUAUACCAUUUCUUCACAGACUCCGAUGCCGCUUACUUUGCAUCGUUGGGUCUGAACUGUAUCCGCAUCCCCUUCAAUUAUCGUCAUUUUAUCGAUGACAUGGAUCCUGAUAAUCUCAAGAAAUCGGGUUUUGACUGGUUAGAUCGCUGUGUGGAUAUCUGCGGCAGACAUAACCUGUAUGCUGUUCUUGAUCUCCAUGCCGUUCCAGGAGGUCAGAACCAAGAUUGGCAUAGUGAUUCUGGUCUGUCACGCGCGGCGUUCUGGGACUUCAAGGACCAUCAAGACAGAGCUAUCCAACUAUGGAAAGCUCUUGCAGCUCACUACAAAGGAAACCCCGUCAUCGCAGGCUACAACCUCCUCAACGAACCCGCCGACGAAACCAAGACCUCAUCGGGCCAAUACGGCGCCAAGCUCGUGAAAUGGUACGAACGCACUGAGAAAGAAGUCCGCGCCAUCGACCCCGAUCACAUGAUCUUCAUCGACGGAAACACAUACGCAAUGGACUUCCGCGCCUUUCCCGAAAACCCUCUUCCCAACGCUGUGUACGCCUGUCACGACUACAGCUUCUACGGGUUUCCUCUCGGGGAGCAGUACGAGGGUACAGACGAGCAGAAUACUAAGUUGAGGAAGAGCUUUGAGCGCAAGGUGCAGUUCAUGAGGGAGAAAAACGUGCCGAUUUGGAAUGGAGAGUUUGGCCCUGUUUAUCAGAAUGAACAUAAGGAGGGUGAUGAAGCUAUCAAGACCAACGCCAAGCGCUUUAAUCUGCUACAGGAGCAGUUGGCUAUUUACAGGGAGACUGACGUUAACUGGUCUAUCUGGCUGUACAAAGAUGUUGGUUAUCAAGGCAUGGUAUACGUCGACCCCGAGUCUCCCUACAUGCGUCUCAUCGCGCCGUUCAUCGCCAAAAAGCAGCGUCUCGGUCUUGAUUUCUGGGGCGUCGUGAACAAAGACGGUGUCAAACACCUCUACGAACCGUUUAUCCAGGGUUUGAAGGAAGAAGUGCUGGAGAAGUAUAGAGAUACAAAGUAUCCCAAGAUCUGGACCUUUGAACGACAGUUUGAACGGGUAAUUCGGGAGUGCUUAAUGAGUGAGUAUGUGGGAUGGGAGUUAGCGGAGCUGUUUAGAGACAAGACCAAGGAGGAGUUGGAGGAGCUGGCGAGUAGCUUUUCGUUUGAGAAGUGUAUUAAGAGAGAUACGCUGGUGGGAAUCUUGAGUCAUGAUUCGAUGAUCUCGGCUGGGAAGAAGUAG